GUCUGGUCACAUUCACAUCUUGCAGCGAAACAAAACUCAACAAAUUAAUAAAUUUCUAAAGCGAAACGUCAACAAUUUCGGGUACCAAAUCAAAACAUAUUCCUCACAACGAAUUAAACCUAAAUCAAAGGCUGCAAAACCGGCAUUUAGCACAGGCGACCAAAUUUAAUCGGGUUAAUUAGCAAGAAAUGGCACGCGGACACCAGAAGAUCCAGUCGCAGGCAAAAGCCUCCGAGAAGCAGGCCAAAAUAAAGAAGCAGCAGGGACACAGCGCCAAUGACCAGAAGAAGGCGGCCCAGAAGGCACUUGUUUAUGUGUGCGCCGUUUGCAAGUCGCAAAUGCCCGAUCCCAAGACUUAUAAGCAGCAUUUCGAGAACAAGCAUCCCAAGAACGAUAUGCCCGAGGAGUUGAAGGAUGUCUGAUGGCAUGUAGAGGAUGAAUAUAUCAAGCUGAACGAGAUCGACGAGUUGCCUACCAGUACGAAACCCUUGCAACAAUAACUUUACAUCAGCCCAAACAAAACAAAACAAAAACAGAAACCAACAAUCAAGCCGAAGCCAAGAGGAUGGAUACUAGUAAUAAUAAUUAUAUUUGCCAAUGAAAAGGAAGCAGCCGAAUUUUUUGUAUACACACUGCUGGCUUUUGGUUUUGUUUUUAGUUUAUACUAUACAUUGAAAUUAACACAGUACGCAAUUGUUCGAUGAAUGGCUACCUACCACAAUACAAAGCAACCUACCACAUAGCAAGAUGAA